UUGAUAAGCUGAUUCAUUUGACGGCGCCUGUCCGAGUUGUUUUGGGCAAUGAUGUUCGGCUGGGAUUCGGGCACUGUUAAGUCGGGGCUAGCCUGCAGCUGUCGGGACAGUAUCUUCUCGUAUACGUCCACCAAUCUGGCCUCUUCUUGUUUGAGGUCAUUGUAGGCACGGUCCCAGAGUCGUACGGGUAAGCUGGUAGUAAUGUCAUCUGCAUUGGUGGGCGUCUCUAUGUUGGCGGAACUAGUAGCUGGAGCGGCUGGGAGGCGGGUAGUGGUAUUAUCCGCGCCGGCGAACGUCUCUAUGUCAGUGGAGCCGGUAGCCGAAGCGGCUGGGAGCCGGGACGCGGAUAUAGAGGUGGCGGCGAAGAUUUUUUGCAGAGGUGCAGGGCGAGACUGCUCUUGGUCCGUAGAACCUUCCCGAUCCUGCGCAUUUCCGUAUCGCUUGAGACGCGUCUGGAACCGCGAGCGCAGUCGUCGAAGCAUCGUAGCGUUGGGGAAGGAACGUCUUAACUGAGGUAGAUGAGGCACUCGAGGAUGAUCGUGUUGUCUUGGAGGUGGCGAAUGCUAUGGUUGAUGAUCAAUGGAUUGAGUUUAGGGAAG